AUGCAAGCCGAGUGCAACUCGAAUACCCACCUACAAGACUUGUUAAGUCAGCUUGCAAGCUAUUUUAGGGCAAACGAGAGUGAGAUUUCCGCUUCGGAAGCCUCCAAGUGCUUCUUACGUCUUCCGCCACCGGAUUCUGUCGCUUUGAUUCGCCUCUUCUUCUUGCUGUGCCCGUCUUUUCGAUCGGUCUUGUCACGCCAAGGUGACGUGUCUACUCCGAGUCUGCCAACAGCGUCCAGAUCUAGCAACAAUACCGAUACGAAUAGACAAGCAGAGUCUCAAGAUUGCACAUCUCAGCUUUGUGAUCAGCAAAUCACACAUGAAGCCGACAGCCUAGGCCCUGGCAGCUUAGGUCAGUCUCAAGAUCCGGUUUCCAUAGAUAACAAUCACCCAACCACCGCACAAUAUGCAAGUCCCGGCGGGAGAAGUACACUGACCCAGAUGUUCCAAGGGUUUGACAACUCUAACACGUCUCCUCUGCUACAGCAGAACACCAUCUGUCAGCAACAGGCACUGAACGAAUUGCAAGACCCGAUAAUUGGCGCGUUAGUGUUAAACCCCUCUGAUACUACGGCCCUUCCAACCGUGUUUGAUGACGACACUCUUGUUGAAACUCGACUUACCAGUUGUAAUGACAUUGACUUCACACCAUCUCUGCGACUGCUGCUGGAAGCGUGCAAAAUAGAUCGCAGUCUAUUCUUUCACAAAGUUGAAGAAUCCAAGGCAGCAUUCCCAAACGGACAAGGCUGGAGAGCCGCCAUAGCUAUCAAGCAAGAUAAUGCUGAUAUGCGGGACUUGUUGAGUAUUUACCACAGAUUUGAGUGUUAUAAUAUCUAUCGCCAUACGGUAGAAGCUGGCUAUCAUACCGGCGAACAUUGGAUACGAGACAAGCGUCGCGAGCUAGCCCAAAAGCUUUGCGACGACUUUCCAGAGCGCUUUCAGGAUGCAAAAUCCGCCAACAAAUGUCUCAACUGGGUUGACCAGGGCUGUAGAUUCCACGAAUGGACCAGGAUAUUUAGUGAAGUAUCGGGACUAGGAAUCCUCAUCGCCUUGCCCUCGGAGAUACCUCGUUCAGCGUACACUUCCAGAUGCACGAAAGAGCAGAUGAGCGCAGCCGCCGUCAAAUUUAGGGCUCUUGGCAUUCAUCAUCUCGUGAAAGAUCUGGAACUCUCCGAAUUGGGCAACCACGUCGCACAGAGAUUGGAAGAAAUGACAACCGGGAAGAGACUUCGUGUCGAUGGUGAGCCCCCAAAGGUAGUGGCGAGUAUGCUUCACUAUCUGAUGUCACAUUAUUGCAGAACCGGAACAAGAUCCUCGACGUUCUUGGAAGUCACCACGAUUGAUGUCAUCGUCGGGAACGCCAACUUUGGUGCAAUCGGAUCUGAGCGCAACAUCGCCUGGGGCCAUAACCAUAUGCGAAGACACAGCCAUGUGGGACCAGACCGAGUCUCUUUGUCUCUCACUGUUACCUGA